AUGGGUGAUGCUGAAAACACGAGUGCUAUUGGAUGAAUUGGAUGCUGAAUUAUGAAUAAACUGAAUUGUGUCUCAGCAUCAUCUCUCUGUACUGUGACUCUUCAAAUUUUCAAAUCACCGCUCUCUCUGAUUUAUUUCUUGGACUCUUUUUUAAAUCCUGCAGCAAUGUCGAUGAAAGCAUGAAGGUAGAUGAAGGAGACCGAGAUACAGCGUUUGGAGGACAACAAUCUACGUCACAAUCCUGAAUAUAAGAGUAAAUGGAAAACAUGAACGUGCUGCAUGCGCUGGUGUCAUCUCAUCUGAUCUCUGCAGCUUUCUGUGACAGAUGAAGAUAUCUGAAUAUGAAUGUUUUGAGCAGCUGUCAUCACAAUCUCACGCUGCAUUGCUUACAGAAUGGACUCCAACAGUGAUGGAAAAGAGGAAUGGUCGGAGGAACAGUGGGAGAAAUGGCUGACGCAUGACAUAGGCCUGGAAGAAUUUGAAGAUCCAGAUCUGUCUGAAAUCACAGAGAUCAGGGAUGAAUUUGGGCUCAGGUCGAGUUGCAAUGCUUCUGAAAUCAAGCAGGAUCAUGUGAUGCAGGCAUCCAGUAGUGGUUUGGAUAAGAUGGAGGGAGGCGCAUCGGGUCGAGAAAAGACAACAACUCCAACUGAUAGGAGUACAUAUGACAGGAAAACACCUGCUGUGGAUUCUGCUCUUCCUGUCGCCAUGGAUACCUAUCGUCCAAAAAGACCAACCACUCUCAACCUGUUCCCACAGUUACCACGCACACAGGACUCUCUAAAUAACAACUCAUUGGCGAAGAAGUUCAGCUGGCAGGAGAAAAUCUCUCAGACCUCAUCACCGCUCAAAACAGGUGAAUUGAUGCCCUCUCAUGAGCACUUUUGUCUCAGUGAUGAAGAGAAGAGCAGCGCUGGUGCUCGGAGUCGACUGAAAGAUUGUGGCACCUCCACAGAAGUGCCGACCAUCAGCUGCUCCUCCAAAACCUCCGUCCAGACCUGUAGAGCCACAGACACCUGUGAACGCAUCCGUUACCAAACAGACGUGCGUCUCGAGCCCACAGAAGAGAUCUAUCUCACCCCGGUACAGCGCUGUACUGAAGCCCUGGAGCCGGAGAGAUCUUCGGUGUUCACUCGGGCCCCUGUGGCCCUCAGCGCCGACAGCGAAGCUCCUCCACCCUACCAAUCACCAAUACAUGAACAGAUGAUCAACUCAUUCAGAGAGCAGGAGGAUGAACUCCAGCCACCUCCUUACUCCUCUUUACUUGCUCAGGAGCCUGACAGCAGUGAAGAAGAUCUCAUGGCAUCAGGUGAUCUGUGUUAUAAAGACUGUGGUGCCGGUGAGGCUCCUCACGAGACAUCCACGAGGAACUCAGACACCAACGGACUCUCCUACGAUUCGGCCAAAUACACUCUGGUGUUCGAUGAACACGAUCAGCUGGAACUGGUCAGUCUGAAAGAGUGUUACCACGGUUACAGCGAUGACAGCGACGCGGCCACAGUCUACGAUAACUGUGUGUCAUCUCCAUACGAGUCAGUGCUGGAGGAUGAAGAUGAUGAAGGAAGAAGUCGAGGUGGAAUGAAAGAUGAAGCUUCAGGCUGUCCAUCAGAGAGCUCCACCCCUGACGGACCGCUUUCUCGAAAGUUUGUCAAUGUUUUCAUGAACGGCCGCUCACGCUCUACUAGUUCAGAAUCAUUUGGUUUGUUUUCCUGCAUUAUUAACGGUGAAGAACGAGAACAAACACACCGAGCUGUUUACAGGUUUGUUCCCCGUCAUGAAGAUGAACUGGAGCUUGAUGUUAAUGAUCCUCUGUUAGUGGAGGUUGAGGAUGAAGAUUACUGGUAUGAGGGAUAUAACAUGAGGACAGGAGCUCGAGGAAUCUUUCCGGCUUAUUACGCCACCGAGGUCUUCAAAGAGCCUGAAUUCACUUUAAAAAGAGUGAGUUAUGAAUGGAUGGAUGAGUUCAGACUGAAGUUUCUGGGUUCUGUUCAGGUUUUUCAUCACAAAGGCAAUGAUGUGCUGUGUGCAGCUAUGCAGAAGAUCGCAGUGAACAGAAGACUGACACUUCAUUAUAAUCCACCAUCAACCUGCAGUCUGGAGGUCAGCGUGAAAGGACUCAAGCUUACAGUACACGAGGACUUUAAAAGUAGCGGACAGUACAGUCACUUUUUCCAUUUAAAAAACGUCUCAUUCUGCGGUUAUCAUCCCAAAAACAGAAAGUAUUUUGGCUUCAUUACAAAACACCCAGCUGAUGAAAGAUUCGCCUGCCAUGUGUUUGUGUCUGAAAACUCCACUAAACCUCUGGCACAAUCCAUCAGGAAAGCAUUUCACUUCUACUACAAAGAGUUUGUGGAGGUCUCUUGUCCAACAGAAGACAUCUAUCUGGAGUAACGUUGAUCUCCUGUAUAAGACUAACAAGACUGACCAAACAUAAGGACCAAACAGAUGGACUGCCGGCUGUAUAAUGAAAUGAAGCAUUAAGAAGAUGCACGUAACCUAGAAUACUGACAGAAGAGAAAUGAAAUUAUUUUCCUGGAUGCUGAGAUUAUUUUUUUUGAUCAGAUCUUUGAUGUCGCUGCUGUGUUUUGGUUCUGCGUUCACUUAACAGAGCUGCUUCUAUUUUUCAUAUCACAAAAACACAUCAACCGUGUGUAAAAUCUACAUCCAUUCAUACAUCAGAUCUAAAACUCAUUGAUGUUAAUGUGCGUCAUGACUUCAACACAUCUCUCAGAUUCAUGAUUAUUAUUCUGUUCAAAUCAUUAUAGAUCACCAAAAUAAAUAUAUGUCUUGAAACUGUAAAUAUAUACAGUAAUAAAUCUGAGUGUAUAUUACAACACUAAAAAAGCAAAUAAAGGGUACAAUUGCUUCUUUUAA